AUGGCUGGUUACCUUCAUGCCGCAUUAACCCCUAGAACCCUACGGACCCACCGGAGGCGAGUGCGUCCGUCUACGUCAGACGCAGCGGAUGAGGCUCCUCCCCCCUGCUCCGCCUCGGUAGAACCACCGCUCGGCUGUAGCGCUGCGGCUCCACUGGCAGCGGCUCCCGCAGCAGGACCAGUGGGCGGACCGGUGAGAGGAAAGUUGCCAGAAGCCAGCAGCCCGCUGAGCGCCUCACAACCACCGAACCGCUCUGUUAAGGUGAACGGCCUCCCGGCAGCCGCUACCGGAAUAACGCCAGCAGAGGACCAGGUGCGGGCGGAGCGGCCACAGGUAGCCCGGCCGUGCGGAGGGUCAUGCGGAUCUCCGAGCUGUGAACGGCCGCAGACGAAGAGAAGAAGCCGCCAGCAGAGGGAGGACCGCGGGAGGAGGACAGCCGCCAGCAUGUCCCGCAGAAAGCAGAGCAAACCUCGGCAGAUUAAGCGUUCCCUCGGGGAUCUGGGCGGCGGAGAAGAGAGCAGCGCGGACACGCCCAGCCUGUCAGGAGAGGAGGGCGGAGCCUCUGAUCCAGAGGAUUCUGCAGAAGGUGACAGCUGCAGCCCCCCGUCCUACACGCCACUCUACAACGAAGAGUCAAGGACGCAGGACUCUGGAGGAGGACCAGACGAUGAAGAUGGAGACGGGGAGGAGCAGGCUCCUGCACAGAGCAGCGGAGGAGAGGAGGAGGAGGAGGAAGAAGGGGAGGAAGAGGAGGAAGUGUUACAGUGGAGAGGUCCAGGUGGGACUCGCCAGAUAGUACAGAUGAUGGUCACUGCCUGCGGUUACGGUGGAUAAAGUUUGAUAGACGACCAUCAGUCAUCUUCCCCUUAGU